CGCACGCUUUCGGAGUCAAGUCGUAUAUUUCGCUCUGAACAAAUUGUUUAUCGUGUUAAAAACAAAUAAACAUUUGUUAAAAUUAUUAGUGUUUUGUGACAGAAAGACGAAGAGUUUUCACUGCUGAUAUUAUAACUAUAAACCUGGGAACUAAGACGAAUAAAUAAAAUAUACAAAUAUUUAAAUAUAAUUCUAAAUUCAUAAACGACAAUAAAUUAGCCAAAAUAAGUGUAUUCUAAUACGUUUUUUUAUUAAAAGUAUUUACUUACUUAAAAAAGAAAAAAGAAUCCAUAUAAAAUUUUUUUAGGCCAGUUUAUUUUCAAAUUUUAAAUUUGUACAGAUUAUAAAAUCUUUUGAAAUGAGCUUCGAUUCGACCUCUUCGUCCAAAAAAUUGAAUUUAGAACGCGCUACAAAUUUCAUGCGACAAUUUCGGGAUCCAGACUCCAGAGAAUUGAAGAAACUCUCCGCCAAUCAGUUCAUGGAAGUUUGGAGCCAUUACGAUCGGGAUGGUAAUGGCUACAUCGAGGGCACGGAGCUGGACGGGUUCCUGAAGGAAUUCGUCUCCAGCGCCAAUUUCACCGACAUUAGUCCGGAUGCGGUGUCAGACUCUAUGCUGGAGGAGCUGAAGGCGUGUUUCAUGGAGGCCUACGACGACAACCAAGAUGGGAAAAUUGAUAUACGAGAGUUGGCACAACUGCUGCCUAUGGAAGAGAACUUUCUGCUGUUAUUCCGGUUUGACAACCCCCUGGAGUCCAGUGUGGAGUUUAUGAAGAUUUGGCGCGAAUAUGACACCGAUGGCAGUGGUUACAUUGAGGCGGAUGAGUUGAAAAAUUUUCUGCGUGACCUCCUGAAGGAAGCCAAGAAAAUCAACGAUGUAUCCGAAGACAAGCUUAUUGAGUACACAGAUACUAUGCUGCAAGUAUUUGACUCAAAUAAAGACGGCAGGUUACAACUAUCAGAAAUGGCCAAAUUGCUACCAGUGAAGGAGAAUUUUCUAUGCCGGCAAGUAUUUAAGGGCGCCACUAAGUUGACGAAAGAUGACAUAGAAAGGGUAUUCUCACUCUACGACAGGGAUAACAAUGGUUCUAUAGAGAAUGAAGAAUUGCGUGGUUUCCUCAAAGAUUUAUUAGAACUUGUGAAAAAGGAUUACGAUGCCCAAGAUCUUCUUGAAUUCGAAGAGACGAUCCUGCAGGGCGUAGAGUACAGUAGCGACGGAAAAAUCAGUCGAAGACAACUAACUAUGAUCCUACUCGCCCUAGCCAAACAUCAUCAGGAGGAAGAACCACUGACACCAUAAGAAAAUUCACGGAUACUCGCCACUCCGUCCCGAUUCCCGAACGAAUUUGUAGUGCGAUUUCGAUUAACCGAUUUAGCCGCAUCUCAGACAAGGCUGCAUCGAGCAGAUGUUGUUGCUUGGCGUUAUGCCAGUGCAAAAAUUUCGCGGCAAAUUAAAAAGUUAUGAAGUGCUGGGAAAGAGCAUGCUAUAGAUUUUAAAAAAGGAAAUUUAAAGUUGUAAUCGUCAUAAAGCCAAAUCGAAUGCCAAAUAUUUUAAACAUAGCUUGCGUUCAUACGCAAAUAUAGCAACAUUUUAAAAACUAUUUUCAUAAAUCGUUUAGGUAAUAGAAAACAAAUUUUAAAUAUCAAUAUAAUGUAGUUGUACAUAUCAUUCCAUCACACAAAUUUUACAGUCUAUAUCUCUGCUAGUUAUUCAACAAAUUGUCGAAUUUAUUAAUGAGAGUUUCAAUGAAACAUGUAUGUUUUUCAUAAAAUUCAAAUAAAAUAACGAAGUACCUUAUUGAAUUUUUUGUAGCUUUCUAGAAACUAAUAAUAAUAUUUUAAUAAAGUUUAUACUAACUCCUAAUACCUACUCCACUUUAAAUAAUAUCUAUCUGUAACCUGACAGCAAAUAAGUACAAAUCAGUCGGGUCUAAUAUUUGCAACUAGGAAUGUAUAUUUAUAUCCUUGUUCUUUUUUAAUGUUUAGUUGUAUUAAUAAAUAGAGUUUACUUUUUCUUUAUUUUUCAUUAUCCCUUAGAGGUAUUUAUAAAACCAACCAAAAGUGAAAGCAAAGAGUUGAUUAAGGGGAGUUUAUGAAAAUGGUUCGAUGGUUUGUAUGAAAGAAAACUGUUUUCCAUUAAUUCCGAAUUGUAAUUGGCAAUGUCGAUUCUUUUCUAUCACAAAGUAGAGACGUUUAUACCUACAUAAUUUCCUACCAUAAUCUCUAUUUGAAAAUUAAUAAAUUAAACUGAUUGUCUCUAACUAACGCCUUGAGCGAGUUUGAAUUCAUACUAUCUCAUUACAUACUUACAUGACAUACUUUCAUUGAUAUAAUGACCAUUUUGAAAUAUGAAAUUUUAUGAAUUAUCACACAGUUGUAAUUAAAUCGUUUAUUAUGCGUUGGAGUUCUUUAUCUCAAGUCAUCAAAUUGAACUUUAUUUGCCUGCACGGGAAGAACGUACCCAACUUACCUAUUAAAAAUUUAUUGAUUUCGGAUUUCGACUAAGAAGUUAGCCAAUGUGUUAGUUUUGUCAAGCAAAAAUGUCUAGGGAUAUAGAUUCUUAACAAAUUAAAUUAAACCUCGUAUCUCAUACGAAUAUAUAAACGAAAGAAGUACAUAUAUAUAUAUAUAUAUAUAUAUAUAUUUAUUUGAUGCUAAGUGAUUUUAUUUAUACUGGCAGUGCCCUCGGUGCAUUGCAAAGAUAUGUGAAGAAAAUAAAAAUAAUUGUCUAUGAAUUCGACGUAGCUUUAAAUAAGUCCUUGAGGAAUUAUUUACUAACGAUGACAAAGUAUUAUAAAUAUAUAUCUUAUCUUAUAAACACUUUGUAACUUUCUGAGUUUGAUGAAAAAGAAAAAAGGAUAGACUAAAAUAAGUCGUAUGCCUUGCCAACGUUCGUGAAUAAACCCCUGGUCUGAGCUUUAAAUUCUAAUCAAUGUCGUUGUCUUAAUUCGUUGGUGUUUAGAUAAUUUAAAAUAAGAAUUGCACCUUCGCCCCACAUCUAUUUAGGUAGGUACGUAAGUUAAAAAUGUGUUUACACCAAACCUACCGUAUUGAAUGUUUUUUUAAAUAAUCCGCCAGCAAAGCGAAGCCGAGGUCUAUAGGACUUAAGCUAUAGAUGUGUGCAUAUAUUUACCUAAAUAUAAAAGUAAUAGGUAAGAUGAUGAUGAUAAAAAAUUAUUUACAUACACAAAUGGUAAAAUUGAAAAAUAAACAAGUUAUAGAAAGUUGUUUCGCAAUUCAGGCUCUUCAGAGUAAUAUUCAAUUUAAUUCCGAAUCGGAUGUUAGGUAUCUCAACAAACUCGUUACAAUGAAACUACCUAAUAUCUGUAAAAUAAGUAUGUGUUGUGACGAAAUAAACUAUUUAGCUUUAAAACGUCUCUACAGAUAAAACAAAAGCACAAAGUAUAAGUAGAAUCAAAUAAUUAUGUUUUUAGAAUGUAAGAAUUUACAAUUUGGUCACUGCUACAAAUGUUAUGUGUGUACAUAAGUUUUUAUAUUGAAGUCUAUGCCUGGAAUAAAGCAUUUGCGGCCGGAGUAGAUUUUAAAAUUAACAAAAGAAUAAAUUAUUUUUUUUGGCCUAAGACCACAGUAGUACAAAGAACAUUAUUCAUUCGCAACCCUGUUUUUUUUUUUAUUCUACAUUUAAAAAACUUCGAUGAUUUGAUUAUUUGAUCUCUAUAAUCAAAACCAUAAGAAGUAACAUAUUUUAGUCGCAAAGAAAAUAUUUUUAGUGGCUAAGUAAGAACAGUGAUCAGCUCAUUUAAUUAUAUUUAGGUACCAAGAAAGGAUGAAACCUAGAAGUCCUGAAUAUUCAAAUACAUUACCGUCUGAACUAUCUGAACCUAUAAUGUAAAUGCUUAUUUCAUCUCGAUAAUCUCAAAAAUGCUCUCACUAAACUCUUUAUAGAGUUUGUUUAUUUCUGAAAAUGCUAAUGAUAUGUACAAUUGUACAUUACAUGAAUACUUUAAUACGAAAAAGACUGGAUGUGGACGAGUCGCUCGACCAAACGGGAGUUUCUUUGAUUGUUAAAUGGUGGUUUUAUAUUUAUUAAUAUAUGGUUAAUAAUAAAUUGAUGUUUAGAAAUAUACAUAUAAAUUUGUUGUCUAGUUUUUGUUUUAGAAUACAUUUUGAAGCCAUGGAUAUAUAAAAAUUAGAUUAAGUAGGUAUUUCAAUAUUUCGUAAGAAAAUACAUUCGCCUAUAUGAACAAAAUAUCAGGUAUAGUUUUUAUAGUCCAUGGCUUAAAAAGUCAUAAGUAUUCUUACUUAGUUCCCAUUGCCUGGCACUACAUGUUGAUAUUAAGGUUGAAUACGAUAUUUGUUAUAAUAUAUUUAUAUUUGUAUA